AUGAACAACGCCAACCAGACGGCCAUGGACAUGACCCAAGCCGCAGCCGCUGCCGUUGAUCCAAGAAAUGUGUUGAACCAAGCCUACACGAGCAGCGCCAGAGUACAAGGCUCGUCCACAGCUUGCAUCCUCAGCCUCAAUAAAGAGCGUGGGGCAUUGCACGCCGUAAAUGUCGGGGACAACGGCUUCAUGGUGUUCAUGGACAGCAGGGGUUUGUACAAGUCUCCACCUCAGCAGCGCAUGUUUAAUUGUCCGUACCAGUUGGGGAACUACGUCGGCUACGAGCGUCCCAAGGCGACUUUGGAGUUUGUGAUGGAGGCCAGGGUCGGAGCUAGAAUUGUAAAAUUGGGGGGGCCGAAGGCCACUCUAGGUCUAGGAGUGACUCUGCCACUGAUGGAGGCAAUCCUGGGGGACAUCAUAGUGCUUGGGACAGAUAGGUUGUUGGACAACAUGUUUCCGAGUAAGAUUGAGGAUGUUCUUGUGGCGUAUAGAGGAAGCAGUCGGGAUUGUGAGGAGUUGGCUUCCGCCAUAACCAACCUGGCAUUGUUUAACUAG